UGUUCAGACAACAAUAGACGUACAACAUAUACGGGCUCGUUUGAACUGUCCCCAAACACCUUUACCCAUUUCUUCUCUAUAUAUAUAUAUAUAUUCUUUCUGUUCAAACUGAAUUGCUGCUAAUCAAAUGGAAUCAACCGACCCCCAUUACGAUGCAAUCUCGGUUGCAUCGGACGGGCUCUCACCCCCUGUACCCAUAACCCCUCCUCCCACUUUUUGGGAACGCGUCAAAGAGUUUGAAUACGCCCGCUUUCUCAAGACACAUCUAGCAUAUGUCCUGACUUGUCUGAUCGGCUUCUUUCUUAUCCUCGGCUUCAUUAUCCUGCCAUUCUUACCCGACGACGGCAGCAACAAAGACCAUUACCGCCCGCUCCCGACCUUUAAAGCACCUAUCCAGCCUGGUAUUCCGUGGCACGUCAUCCAAGCCGAACAUCUGCAGUACUGCUCUACACUAAACACGUCUCCAGCACAAAUCAAUCAGAACCAAGACCAAGACCGGAAUCAGAACGGUAAUCAUGGUCUGUCUGGGUCUUCAAAGCGAACAACGAAUCCAAGAGCUCCUAAAGAUGUACGGCCUGUCCUGCUGACCAACGCGGUUGUCUGGGACGGAGAAGGAAACAUCGAAGAAGAUGUAGACAUUUUGAUGGUUGAUGGCAUCAUCCAGGAAAUCCGCAAAGGUAUCGUUGCUCCCAAUUCAGCAAAUAUUAUCAAUGUUCAAGGACAUGUGGUCAGUCCUGGCCUGGUAGAUAUGCACACCCAUUUAGGUGUAAUGGGUUGGCCAACUUUGGUCGGAAACUUGGACUUAAAUGAAGAAACAAAUCCAUUGACUCCCUUUGUACGUGCUCUGGAUGCAUUUGAUCCUUCUGACAAGGCGAUUCGCAUUGUGGCCUCUGGAGGCGUCACAACUGCCUUGGUUAUGCCUGGAUCGGGAAAUAUUAUGGGCGGAGAAGCAUAUGCAUUUAAGCUCAGACCGGUACCUACCUCAAGCAACGAAGACAUGUUGGUUCAAGCAGGCCAAGACGAAGCUUCAAAGUGGCGUUGGAUGAAAAUGGCUUGCGGAGAGAACCCUAGGAAUGUCUAUGGCAGACAGAAAAAGAUGCCAAUGACACGUCUUGGAGAAGCAUUUUUGUUUCGUCAACGGAUUCAAAAGGCUCAGAAACUCAAGGAACAACAGGACGAUUGGUGCUAUGCAGUCUCUGAACUUUCUCAGCACAACACUCGUGCUAAACUCGACAGCCAUUUCCCGACCGACCUGUCACUUGAAUCUCUUGUGGCCUUGUUGCGUGGCAAGGUUCUGCUGAACAUCCACUGCUAUGAAACCCACGACAUCGAAGCCAUGGUGCGCCACUCGCUUGAAUUCAACUUCACCAUCAGUGCCUUCCAUCAUGCACUAGAGGCCUACCGGAUCCCAGAAAUCCUUCGACGUGCGCCAAACAACAUCACAGUUGCUACCUUUGCCGACCAUUGGGGAUUCAAAAAGGAAGCGUUCGGGGGUAUCCCUGAAUCGCCUAGGAUUCUGCACGAAGCCGGCAUUCCGGUGGCUUUCAAGACCGAUCACCCGGUAAUCAAUUCCCAGCACCUGGUGUUUGAGGCAGCCAAGGCCACACACUACGGUCUUUCACCCCAAGACGCCUUCAAGGCCAUCACCUCGGUACCUGCUAAAUCGCUUGGGCUAGGCCAUCGUGUAGGCUCACUCAAGGUAGGAUACGAUGCCGAUGUUGUCAUCUGGAACCGUGAACCUCUUUUGCUUGGCGCUGCUCCUCUUCAGGUCUUUGUGGACGGCAUUGCCUUGUUUGACGAACCCACAAUCAACCCUAUAAAACCAACCGAAAAACAGCAGCAGCAGCAAAAGCAACAACAGCAACAGAAACCCUUUUCUACAUCUACUGUUAGCUCAGAAUACAAAGACAUAAAGAAUCUUCAAAAUUUUGUCUUGACCAACGUAGGACGUAUCUUUUUGGAAGAAGGCGACAACAAAGAAGAAGAUUCAUUCAAGGCUAAUAGCGAGUACCAAUCCGAACAACCGUUGCAGAUCACUGUUAGGGAUGGAAAGAUUGUGUGUAGUGGUAUCAGCUGUAUUGACCAGGCCGCAACUGUGUUCCAAACAUCUGAUUAUGAGACGAUUGAUAUUCAAGGCGGCUAUGUGCUCCCCGGUAUUAUCGGUGUAGGCACAAAGAUUGGAAUGGUAGAAAUUCCUUCAGAGGGAUCUACUGGAGAUGGUGUUAAUCGGUCACCCACUCGUGACAUGUCUCUUCUUCCACAAGCUGUUGAUGGAAUCAAGCUGCAAACUCGCCACCUGGAAGAAGCAUACAAGGGAGGCGUGAUGACUAUUAUCAGUGAACCAUUAUCUAACCAAGUUCUGGUUGGCGUGAGUGCUGCAUUCAAGACCUCUGCUGACAGCCUCUUAUCCGAAGGCGCUCUUAUCGCACCUACUGUUGCACUCCAUCUACAGAUCGGUAACAACUUCAAAUCCAACUUUUUACCAACCGUGUCCUCUCAGAUUGCUUACAUCCGGCAAACCUUUUUGGAGAACAAGGCCAAGCCAAAUUUUGUGGGCCAGGCCGUGCGCGGAGAAAUCCCGACCAUCGUCAAUGUGCACAACAAGGAUGAGAUUGCGUCCGUGAUUCGGCUCAAACAAAACCAAUUUCCCAAGCUACGCCUGGCUAUCUUGGGUGGCACAGAGGCUCACCUGGUAGCAUCGCACCUUGCCGAGGCUGGCGUCAGUGUGAUUCUUCGACCUGCACUCUGUACACCCAGUAGCUUUGACACCGCACACUGUCUGACAGGAGCGCCUCUUACGGAUCGAACUGCGGCCCACGUCCUGUUUAGUCAUGGCGUCAAAUUGGGCGUUGGUGUUUCGUUUGAUGGUUGGACCCGUAACCUAGCCUGGGAUGCCGGCUGGUUGUCGGUAACCUCGCCAGGAGUAAAAGGCAGUCCAGAUUACAUAUCCGAGUCUGAGGCAAUCAAGAUGAUCACGAUGAAUAUCCAGGAAAUAUACGGCCUCAGAGACAACACGCUCCAGAAUCGUAUUCUGAAGGAUGAAUUUGUUGUGUGGUCCGGCAGUCCUUUGGAUCUCCAAAGCCGUCCGCUGUUCUCUCAUGCAAAUGGGCUAAGUGCGAUUGAUGGCUAUUGAAAAUAAUAAUAAUAAUAAUAAUGAACAAAUAUGCAUUUUCCCUUCUUCUUUUUUUUUUACAGCAAAAUUAUCUAUAGUUGCUUUAUAUAUAAAUAAAUAAAAAACGAAAGCAGAGAUAUACUGUAUUUUCACCAAU